AUGGGUUUUAGUAGUAUACAAAAAUGUGCGGCUGCUCUUAGGUAUUUGGGAUACGGUAUAGCAUUUGAUGCAUCUGACGAAUACUUGAAAAUAUCCGAGAGGACCGCAGUUGAAUGUGUAGAUUGGUUUUCUGCAUGUGUUUAUGAGGUUUUUCACGAAGAAUAUUUGCGUAAACCUACUCAACGUGAUAUUGAGAGAUUAUAUUCGGCUCAUGAAGAGAGGCAUGGAUUUCCCGGUAUGCUUGGUAGUCUAGAUUGUACGCAUGUGGCUUGGGAAAAAUGUCCAACUGCAUGGCGAGGUCAGUUCACUCGAGGAGAUAUAGGUGAACCAACUAUCAUCCUAGAAGCUGUUGCAUCUCAAGAUUUGUGGAUAUGGCAUGCCUUUUUUGGAGUAGCGGGGUCUAACAACGACCUUAAUGUUCUUGGUCAGUCUCCACUUUUCAACGAUAUUUGGACCGGCAAAGCACCUGAUAUGACGUUCACGGUAAACGGGCACGCGUACAAAUAUGGUUACUACCUUGGUGAUGGGAUAUACCCGGAUUAUUCUACAUUGAUGAAGGCAUACUCAGUUCCUCGAAGUGAAAAAGCAAAAUUGUUUACAAAAAAACAGGAAUCAGCGAGAAAGGAUAUCGAGAGGGCAUUUGGAGUCCUUAAGCAAACAUGGCAUGUAGUGAAAUAUGCUACACGACUUUGGGAUAAAGAAAGAAUUAAGCGAAUGGUCCUAGCAUGUAUUAUAAUGCAUAAUAUGAUUAUUGAAGAUGAAGGUCGAGAGAUUUGCACGUAUGAUCCGAACGACGUUGUCGUUCCAAUUGAGGAGUUCGUACCCGGAACGAAUGCUUUUUUGGAGCGAGUUGUCGAAAUUCAUAACAGUGAAACGUGUUUCAAUCUUCGAGAAGAUGUCGCGGAACAUUUGUACCAACAUAGCAUGAACGACGAUUAG